GUAUUUCGAAUUUGAGCUCUGCAGUUACGGAACGCUUCGAAACGCAAAUAAACAUUGCACAUUCUUAGUUACCAAAUCCGAUUUCUUCAAGACGGGUCGAUGUCAUUUCUAGAUCAGCGUUUGGUUGCGUUGCUCAAGACUGUAAGAGAAAAAUUUAAUUAUAUAUUUUACGUUUUUCCUCGGAUGAAAUCGGAGGUAUUAAGCUCGCUUGAAUAAUAAUGAAUGCAAGUUCGCGCCGAUCACCUUAUCGCGGACGUCGACGGGAUCGCUCAACUUCUGAAGAGCGUCCCAGGACAAGAACUUACGAUCCAAGCGAAACAGAUUAUUCCGAUGACUUCGAACCAGAUGCAAUAAGCAAAAAUGCUACACCACCGCCAAAACGCAGGGGAGGAAAUGCUAGAGGAAGAAGACAUGAUAGUGGUUCUUACUACACAGACCAAUCUUCCACUUCACAUUUACAUUCUUCAGGCAGCAAAAAAUCAACUCAAAGUGUAGCUCGUGGUUUGAAAGGUCAGAAAAAAUCCAGACCCAGGUAUGGCUGGAAAUCCAACAAUUCGGGUAAGCCGGAAUCGAUUCGAGCACAUAGGGAUAAUAUAACAACCAGAAUGUUGUCAGCAAAACAAAGAAAAAUAAAUGAACUACAAAAUGAACUUGUCGAAACUGAACACAGAUUAGAUGGUAUGCUUAAAGAGAACAAACUUUUAAAAACUGUUCAGCACCGACAGGAUAAAGCUCUCAAACGAUUUCAAGAUGUUGAAAGUGACUUGCCCCGACUAAUAGCUCAAAAUUUUGAGGAUCAAAGAGUCUUAAAAACCAGACUUAAAAAGGCACAGGAAGCCGAACGAAUCUUAGAAGAAAAACUCCAUGAAAAUAAUGAUGAAAUGCAGAAAAUGGAGAAAACCUUGCGGAAGCUGAAAAAAGUUGUUUAUGACAAAAACUUAGGGGAAAGAUCAGAACUUGCAAGACAGCUUACAAAUACAGAGAAUAAUUUAACUGUUGCUGAACGGAAAGUCAAAGAGUUGGAGAAAAAAUUAGAGUUAACAACGAAUAGUUUCUCGAGACAAAUCAAAUCAGAAAGGCAAAAACACAAAGAAACAAAGGAAAAGUUGGAUGCUUUGACUGAUGACUAUCAAACUGUGCAAUCAAGAUUAAAAGAAAAAGAAAGAGCAUUAAAUGUUAGUAAUAUUUAUGCUUUAAGAAAUAAAGAGCAAUCUGCUAUAAAGUCAAUUCAAUCUACACCCAGGAAACAUUUUUUGCUUAAUUCAACUUUUACUCAAACUGAAGCACCUCUUCCAUUAACAUUCCACUCAAAUAAUGCAACAGUGAAGCCGACACAGAUGGGUUUGAGACGAAAAGAGUCUCCUAGUGAGAGAAAAAAAGAUAGAACGAAACCAACUGAAAAUCACUCGGAUUUUCGAUCAUCUCCUUCAAAUUCUUCUCCUGUUCCUACUGCAAAUACCAUGGGCAUUUUGACUUCUAGUCCAACUACAAAUGGCUUACAUUCAACCACAGGUCAUGUUAGCAAAGAGCAAAGUAAAACCACUGACCAACAUGCAUUUCUCACUUCACACCCUCUAUCAAAUUCUUCAACACCAACUCACUCAAUGGUAGCUGAUUCUAUUGAAUUUGAAAAACCAGCAACCCAGUUUGAACCAAGUUAUUACGAGUCUUCAUCACUGAGAUCAAAUGUUAAAGUAGAAGAAGAAAAACAAAACUCAAUAAGUGAAAUAAAAAAGCAACAAAAACUGGAAGAAGAAAGGAGACGAUUAGCAGAAGAGCAAAAAAAGAAAAAUGCUUUGUUAGCAAAAAUGCGCGAAAUUGAGCACGAUGAGCCUAAUUCUCUUCCUCUUGAAAGCAAUAAAAAUUCUUCAAUUUCACCUGCACCAUUGUCAUUUGAAACUAUCAAAAAUCCGCCCAUUCCAAGCAAAGUCACAAUGCACCCUAAAUCAAAGGCUGAACUUGUGAAGUCAUUAUUGGGAACUGACACUAAUGACUCUGAUCCAGUUGUGGAAAAUCUUCAUAUGGGAUUGCCUUCAAAUCCGAAGAAGGUUGAAAAACCUGAAAAGGAGUUGUCAUUUGGAGGAUAUGCUCCUUCUGUUGGAACUACCCAAGCUAGCAGAAAACCUGUCACUAUCAACAAGAAGCCAGCCAUGAUGUCAUCUGAUUCUGAUAAUGAUGAGCCAAUGUUUGACUUAGAUAGUGGUACACAAAACAAAAAAUCGGAUUUAUUAUCUCAACUUUUUGGAGAGCAAAGCACUGAUAAACUUAAAAAUGAUUCUAAUGAAUCUUUGAAAGCAAAUGGGACAGGAGGAACGACUCCACGUGCUAAACCUGUUCAUUCAGGAUAUCCAUGGGAGAAAAAUGUUGUAACAACAAACCAUGUUAAUGCUCAUGUUUCAAGUAAAACUAAGACAGGUUUACCUGUUAAAGCUACUCCGUCCAUUCAUGAAGAUGACAUUGAGGAAUUGGUGUUGUGAGACUUUAAAAAUCACUUAGCAUUUACAACCACAAAUUUCAACUUUUAAGAUUGAGUUGCUUUGAAGCAGCAAAGAAAGCAUACAUACCAAUUUUGUUUGUUGGUAUGGAUAUCAACAAUGUUCAAUACCGGUAUUUGCACUGUUACUAUUCUGCAAUUCAUUUUAAAUUUGAAUUGGUGAAUAAUGCCCCUAAUCAUGGAGUACCCAAAUCAUUGUUUAUACCACAUUGAGUCCAUUUCUCUGACUUGAACUUUCCUGUAAGUUGGUAAAUUGUUACCAUUAUUGACUACAAUCGUUCUGAUCUUGUGAUUACUACUCCUAAUCUUACAAAAAUAUUGCUGACAAAAAUAAAUUAAUAUUGUUUUUGUAAAGUAAAAAGUAAUUCAAACAGUAAUUCUUAAGCCGUCCAGGUGUGUGUAUAUAUUUUACUGUGACUCUGACUUGCUGUCAUGUGUUAUGUGGCUUUGACAGCUUUAUCAAAUUGUUGCAAACCAUCAUAAAUUUUGUAGAUUUUUCAAGUUGAAGAUUUUUGCUCAGGCAUGAAUUCUAUGUAUAUUUGGUUUAGGUAUGAUUGUGUCAGUAUCAAAAUGAGAAAUCGAAUGAUAAUGUAUCAUCUCUAUCAGAAAUAUUUCAUUCUGGUGCACUGAUUUUUUAUUCCUAGUGAAACAUAUUACAUCACGAGUAUAAAAUUUUUUUCAAAAUGGUUUAAUGGUUAAAACAUUGAUAAAAAAGGAUUGGCAAGUGUCAAUGAAACCACAUGUUAUUAUGGACCUGUGAUUCAUUAUGUUAUGACGCCACUGCUGCCUCCAUUUAAAUUUAAAUGCUGUUGACAGUUGUCAGGUGAUUGUAUUGAUUUAAUUGCCAAGUGAGGAAAACACCCAUUGUACUGACUCAUCAAAAUUUCAUAACUAUUUGCUAUACAUAAUUUAAUGAACAGUCGAAUGAUAUAUGUUACUUAGCAAUAUUUUUAACAAAUGUUUGCCAUCACCAUUAAAUUGUUCAGUUUUCAAUGCAAUAAAUAUUUUAUGAUUCAUUAUAUUUCAAUUUAUAAGCUAUGUUAAAUUAGCCAAAUUCAGGCCCUGUGACCAAUUGAUAUUAAUUCAUGUUCCACCAAGUGUCAUUCUAAAUGUUUUCUGUCAUAAUCUGGCAAUGUUAAAAACACCUGUUAAUUGUCUAAAAAAUCUUAUUAGGCAUGUAGUAAAUCUACGACUCUUUUAUGGGUUUUGUAGUAUGAAUUCUCAAUAGGGAUGUAAUAACAAUCAACUUUUUGCUAUGUUAUUGUUUUACUUGAGAAUGAUUUGAUUGGUGAGAAUCGCUUGAAUAUAUUUGUUGGUCGUCUUGUUAGCGAAUGUUACCUAAUUUAAACAACGUUAUUUUUUGGAACACCCGUUUUCUAAUCUAAAUGAUAUAUAUACGAUAUUACUAUAUUUUCUAUGAUUAGAUUUGAGAUAACUCGUCAUCAAAUAAUUAAGACAAAAUUGCAGCCAAUAAUAAUCUUGAUAAAUAUUGAGGGCAAAUUACCAUAAGAAUCGAAUAUUUUUGUUUCUGGUUGUGGCAUUAUUUUGUUUAUUUUGAUGUUUGGUGUCAUCAAAUACCCAAUAUUAUUGUCAUAUAUAAGAAUUGGUAUUGGCAUUUAUUUUGAUAAGCUUCAAUUAAACUUCUGUCGAAAGUAUGCUUAAAUGAGCAUGCAUCAAAAUUCUACUUUUUCACCUACAAAGCCGGAUGCUACUAAAUCGUCACUGUGUUUUAACCUGUGUUGCCACUUACCGUAUAUGUCAAACAAUAUGAAUCAUCAGAAUUUUACGACCUGUAAUUCUUUCCUGAUUUUGAUUGUAUAUUAUCACCUAUUGUGUCAUAUUGAAGCUUGUCAAACUCUGAAGUCUGUGUCCAUAUAUCAUGGAGCCAUUUUAACUACUUUGUAUCAGUCCGUCUGAGAUGUGUAUUGUGUCAAGUUACAUUGUUUAAAUCUGGGUUGUUUCUUUUUUUGAAGUGCACAAAGAAUAUGCCAAAAAUAUGUAUGGAAUCCAAAUUACAGUCAAAUAACAUGAGAAUCAUGCUAGGUAAUUCUCUUUUAACUGAGUUUGUAUCUGGCAAAAUUCAUUUGAUGCACUAUAUAACCCUGUUAAAUUACAGUUCAUUGAAAAUAAGUGAGGCAAAAAAAUUAUUUGAGUUUAUAAACAUGUGUUCUAUGAGUUGUAGGCUGGAAACUGUGUUGUCAUUGAUUUUCAAUUAAGAUUCGAAUCUUUUCUGCAUUUUUUGAGGUUGCAUAUUCAAAUAUGUCUUUUACUGUCUUUUUGAAAUUAUCAGUUGAAAAAAGUGUUGACUAUUGUUUACUUUUCACAAAACUUGGUCAUUUAAUAACUUUUAUUUGAAAAUAUUUAUUCUUCUAUCUUGAUCUAGAUUUCUGGACAAUCCAAUUUUAAUUCAAUAUGUGUGUUUAUUUGGAAUUGUUUUGUAUUGUAAUUAUAACUACCUACUUAUAGUACUCCAAUAUGAUUAUGAAUAAUCAUGGUUGUUACUUUCCACUGUAGCUAGUAAUUGAUUUUACGAAACGGUACAAUUCUUUAAAAUGAAGUUCUUAAGUUUGUUUAUUAUUUUCUUUUCUUAAAUUCAAACUCUGUGUAUGAUUGUGUUGUCUAUAAUAUAACUGUAUUGCCUUUGUAGAUGAUUUUUUUCUUUGUUAUUCAAAGUAUUUUCUAAAUGAGUUUGUAUAUUUUUUAA